AUGAGGGGACAGCAGCAUGGGCCUGUGAGGCCUGUGCGGUGCCCGCGUUCCCAAGCUCCCCCCGCAGCCGGCUCCUCAGUGGUCCGCUCCGCUUGGUGGCCGCGUGCGGAUUCGGAUUCCAGACCCCGGCUGCAUGUUCUCCACCGCUUGUUGUGGCCAGUGUUACUGCGGAGACCCCAGAGCAGCCUCGGCGCUGUGGUGGAGCCGGGCGCUACCCCUCAGCCCUAUCUGGGGCUGGUCCUGGAGGAGCUACGCAGGGUUGUGGCAGCACUGCCUGAAAGUAGGAGACCAUAUUCGAAUCCUUAUGGUUUUCCAUGGGAACUGGUGGUAUGUGCAGCCGUUGUUGGAUUUUUUGCUGUUCCCCUUUUUCUGUGGAGAGCUUUUAGAUCCGUUAGGAGUCGGCUUUAUGUGGGAAGAGAAAAACAACUUGCUGCAACGCUUUCUGGACUAAUUGAAGAAAAAUGUAAACUACUUGAAAAAUUUAGCCUUAUUCAAAAAGAGAAAUUGACAGUAGAGGAAAAUUCCCGGAUACAGGAAGAAGAGAAACUUUCUAAAGUGCAAAAAAAGAUCAGCCACACCACUGAAGGGCUGGAGGCCUAUGGAAAGCUAGCCAAAGAUCUUGAAGAAGAAUUGAAGAGAACUAUUAAUUUUUAUCAAAGGCAGGUUAUUUCCUACGAGAAAAAAGGACAUGAUAAUUGGUUGGCAGCUCAUACUGCUGAAAGAAACCUCAAUGAUUUAAGGAAAGAAAAUGCUCACAACAGAAAAAAAUUAACUGAAGCAGAGUUUAAAUUUGAACUUUUACAAAAAGAUCAUUGUGCACCUGAUGUUUCAAAUACAGCAUUUGGCAGAGAGCAUUCCCCAUGUGGUCCCUCACCAGUGGGUCAGCCUUCAUCUGAAACGAGAGCUUUUCUCUCUCCUCAAACUGUGUUGGAGGGUCCACUGAGACCCUCACCUGUGCUUCCGGCGGGAGGAGGAAGAGACCCAAGAGGCCCAGGGAAUCCUCUGGACCAUCAGAUUACCAACAAAAGAGGAGAACCAGCCUGCGACACGUUAACCGAUCCUCACAGGGCUCCUCCUGACACUGGGUCCCUGUCAUCUCCGUGGGAACAGGACCGUAGGAUGACAUUUCCUCCACCAGGACAAUCAAAUCCUGAUUCAGCGCUUCCUCUACAAAGGGAAGACAGAUUUUAUUCUAAUUCUGAUGGACUGUCUGGGCCAGCAGAACUCAGAAGUUUUAAUGUGCCUUCUUUGGAUAAAAUGGAUGGGUCAAUGCCUUCAGAAAUGGAAUCCAGUAGAAAUGAUGCCAAAGAUCAUCCUGGUAAUUUAAAUGUGCCUGAUUCAUCUCUCCCUGCUAAAAAUGAAGCAACUGGUACCGGCUUUGUUCCUCCACCUCUAGCUCCAAUCAGAGGUCCACUGUUUCCAGUGAAUACAAGAGGCCCAUUCAUGAGAAGAGGACCUCCUUUCCCCCCACCUCCUCCAGGAACCGUGUUUGGAGUGUCUCGAGGUUACUGUCCACCAAGGGAUUUCCCAGGUCCACCACGUGCUCCAUUUGCAGUGAGAAACAUCUAUCCACCGAGGGGUUUUCCUCCUUACCUUCAGCCAAGACCUGGAUUUUACCCCAACCCCACAUUCUGAAGGUAGAAGCGAGUUCCCUUCAGGGUUGAUUCUGCCUUCCAAGGAGCCUGCUACUGAACAACCAGAACCACAGCAAGAAACCUGACAAUAUUUUUGCUCUCUUCAAAAGUAAUUUAGACUGAUCUCAUUUUCAGUUUAAGUAACGGCUGUUACUUAAGUGAUUACACUUUUCUCAAAUUGAAGUUUAAGGAAUUAUAGUUCUUAGUAUAGCAGUUUGUAAAUAAAGAUGAUU